GUUGUAUUUGUGUUUUAGAAAAAAGCAAAGGAAAGUUCCUUUCAGCUCCCGUACACGGACACACUAGAACGAGGAAGUAGCUCUUUUUUUUAGGGGCGGUGUCAGCUGAGCAGAACCUCCCUCUUCUUCCUAACAGACUCUUGAAGGAAGCUGUCUGAAUACACAAUGGCAUCAUCAGCCGCUCUGUCCAAGGCCAACACCAGCUUCUGUCUGGAUCUGUUCAAGAAGCUGAGUGACAACGACAAGGCAGCAAAUGUCUUCUACUCUCCAUUUAGCAUCUCCUCAGCCCUGGCUAUGGUGAUGCUGGGGGCCAGAGGCAACACACACACACAGAUGUCAGAGAGCCUGAAGACCAAGCACUGUCAGGACAACGUCCACGCUGACUUCAGUAAACUGCUGAACGCACUCAACAAGGCAGAUGCUCCGUACUCCCUCAGUGUUGCCAACAGACUGUACGGGGAGCAGUCCUACCAGUUUGUCGAGGAUUUUUUGGGAGAAACCAGGAAGCACUACAAUGCAGAGCUGGAGUCUGUGGACUUCAAAACCAGCCAUGAAGCAGCAAGACUUAACAUCAACAACUGGGUGGAGAAGCAGACUCAAGGUAAAAUUCCGGAUGUGCUGGCCCAGGGUGUGGUGGACAACAUGACCAGGCUGGUAUUGGUGAAUGCCAUCUACUUCAAAGGCAGCUGGAACGAGCAGUUUAAGGAGAGUGACACAGUUGAUGCUCAGUUCAGAAUCAACAAGAAAGAGAGGAAGCCAGUGAAGAUGAUGUAUCAGGAAACCGAGUUCCCUUUGAUCUUCAUCUCUGAAGUCAACUGUCAGGUCUUGGAGAUUCCUUACAAAGGGGAGGAGCUCAGCAUGCUCAUAUUUCUCCCAAAGGAUAUAGACGAUAGUUCAACUGGUCUGGAGAAGCUGGAGGAGAAGCUGACCUAUGAGAACUUUGUGAAGUGGACUCGUCGAGACAAGAUGGAUAAUCAAGAGGUUGAACUGGGCCUGCCUCGGUUCAAGAUGGAGGAGAGUUAUGACAUGAAGGAUGUCCUGAUCAGCAUGGGCAUGGUGGAUGCCUUCGAUAUGGCAAUGAGUGACUUCUCAGGUAUGUCUCCUUCCAAAGACCUGGUGCUGUCAAAGGUCGUCCACAAGGCUUUUGUUGAGUUCAAUGAGGUGGGAACCGAGGCUGCUGCUGCUACUGCUUUAGUCAUGACGCUACUGUGUGCUCGAUUCCCGAUUCCAGUCAGAUUCAUUGCAGACCAUCCCUUCCUCUUCUUUAUCCGAUAUAACCCCACAAUGAGCGUUCUGUUUGCUGGCCGCUUCUGCUCCCCUCAGUGAGCACUACAUUGUUGAGCGUUUGAGAGACACUGCUCUAGAAUUUGAUCCCAUCCAAAGUUUUUCUUUUUUUCUUUGGCUCUCGUCUGCCUCACUUCUCACAUGAGUCAUUGUGUUUAUCCUGAACACAAGCUCUCUGCUCUGCUUUUCUAUUGCACCCAAUCCGAUCUUGUUCAGAGUUUGGACACUUUAUCCCUUUAAUACACAUUUGGCCGUCUUUGCUGCAGCAUCUAUAACACUACAAUCUAAUUUGUUAUCCUGUACCUUACACUCUUUUGAAGACUUUGCCUUUAUCACAUUUGUCAUGCCUUUUUAAGCUGGCAGCACAUAGGUCAGCUGUUCCUGUAUACCAGGUAAACAUAUGAUGGGUGAAAGAAUCUCUAUAUAACAUGCAAUAUCUUUAUAUUAUAUAUUCAGCAAACCAAAGAGAAUAUUGUGAGUAAAGUAUAUUUGCAGAUAGUUCCAUGCUUGGUGGUUAUAUGUAAUUGCACUUCUAUACAUAUAAUGACUAUUCAUAAAAAAUAGUUUAUAUUCAGUUUUGACCAGUUAUGUUUCUGUAUCCUGAUGCUUUUACACAUGGAAUAAAAGUGUGUGAUCCCUUAA